GGACAUAUCGGCGAUCGCCGAUAUAGCUGGUCUUUUUGGACUGCUAGCGCAAAUGCCCACUGGCUAUCGUUACACUGGAGUCCUUCUACUUAAAUAACAUAGAAGACAGAAUGAACUCUUCCGCCUUGUAUGUUUAAUAAUUACAAACCAAUUUGAAUGGUGGCUGUUUUAAAAGAACGAUUUAUAAGGUCGCGCUUUAUUCCAAUAUUUUAACCCGCCUCCACAUUCGAAAAAAGAUGUCCAAACCGCCACGGGACCAGAAUCCAUACAAACUCUCCUGGAGUACCUCCGGGUUGACUCCCUUGGGACAAAUUCAACAAUCAUAUGAGAUCGUGCAUGCCACCGGAAUAUUCUCAUCAGGUCCAGAGUUCACCCUGAUUUCGCGAACAGGCGCCAAUCCUGGCGCGAUCGUCGGAACAUUUGACUGGCACUCUCUAAGCCAGAAAGUUAAGAUGAAGUUCCCAUCGCGCAACGUCGAGAUCUCGUACCGCGCACUGAACGGCCACUUUGAUGCACACGGCGAUAUUGGCCGUGUUGAGUGGAAGGCGACGGGAAUGGACGGAUACAAGGCUUCGUGGCGGCUUUCAGAGGCAGAUGGCAAGCUCUUAUCCAUAGUCGAGUUGCACUCAUCGGGCAAGACGGGCACUAUUGAGAUUCAAAGGACUGAUUUGCCCUGGGAGGCGUUUGAGGAGGUAUUGGUAAGCUCCCUGGCGCAAAUCGAAGAUCAUAGGAGGUUGUUAAGGAACGCGCGGAAAAGUGCCAUCGGCGCCUUAGCAUCAGCCGCCGGGCUGGGAGCUGUUAUUGGUACUUAAUUUGUAACUUAAUACUAUGGGAAGGAGUUUAGAUAUUGCGGAUGCUGUGACAAUUAUACUAUCGGGUUGCACAACCACAAAUAAUAUAAUGCAAGGGGGUUUAUGCUAACAAUAUAUGCUAACCGCAAAUAGAAGAAUAUAGAGAUAGACC